AUGCACUUGACAGUUGGGGCACACAACGGUCUUUUCUAUCGAUAUCGAACCGAGUCUACGGCAGCUGCCAUCGAGACAGAGACGACGACCAAUAAUGGCACCCAGUCACCUAUACCUCCUUCUCAACCGGGGCAGAGCACCGGCGUAGUAUCGGACCUACCAGAAUGGAAAUCUCUAAAAGGGCGAAUACAGCACGAUACGCUCAAAGCCCUCACGGUGAAGCCCUACAAAUACGACAAGAUGACUAAAGUUCAGGCCGACGUCCUUGAUCAACUUCCUGGACUUAUCGCUCCCCCUGAUGCCGAGGAUCCCGACCCUCCGACUCGAGAUUUACUCGUUCGCGCAAGAACGGGUACUGGGAAAACUCUCGCAUUCUUAGUUCCAGCUGUUGAAGCACGGUUAGCGGCCAUUGAACGUGCCGGCAAGCAGGCAGUAAUCGACGCUGGUGUCAAGUCUGACAAACACUUGGAGGAUAGGGCGCGGAGAGCAUUCGCUCGUCGACAUGCUGGCACGCUGAUCAUUAGUCCCACACGCGAGCUGGCCACCCAAAUUGCUAACGAAGCCAUCAAACUGACUCACCACCACGAAGGCUUCGAGGUUCGGCUAUUCGUUGGAGGCAUGAGCAAACGCCAGCAAAUGCGCGAAUGGGCGAGAGGUCGCAGGGAUAUUGUCGUGGGCACACCUGGCCGUCUACGUGACGUACUGCAGAGCGAAUCAGAGGUCGCGCACGGUCUAGAAAAUACACCCAUGCUCAUUCUCGACGAAGCAGAUACGUUGCUUGAUCUAGGAUUCCGUGAAGACAUUGAAUCUAUCAAAAGGUUCCUUCCCUCUUCACCCGAGCGUCAGACGUUCCUGUUCUCCGCCACGGUCUCUUCUGCAGUUCAACAAAUUGCAAAGUCAUUCCUAUCGGACAAUCACGCGUACAUCAAUUGUGUCUCUGGCUCAGACCCGUCUCCCGUCCACGCACAUGUACCCCAAUACCACACUGUGCUCCCUACGGCAGCCCAUCAGAUUCCAACUGUCUUACGUCUCCUCGCUCACGAUCAACUCACCAACCCAGGGUCCUCUAAAGCCAUUAUCUUCUUCCCUACGACAAAGAUGACCGUGAUGUUCGCCAACAUUCUUCGUGACGUCGCUCGCCAAUGCCUACCUGCUGGCCGCAAUACGCGUGUCUUCGAACUGCACUCAAAGCGUGCCCAGGAGUCUCGUACACGGACCUCUGACGCGUUUAGGGCUGACACUUCUGGUGCGUCGGUUCUCAUCACGUCAGAUGUUUCUGCUCGUGGAGUAGACUAUCCUGGCGUAACGCGCGUUAUUCAAGUCGGUAUACCGUCGGGUGCUGAGCAAUAUGUGCAUCGAGUUGGGCGAACCGGCCGUGCUGGACGUACUAAUGGCCGCGGCGACCUCGUUCUUCUCCCUUGGGAAGUCAGUUUCGUUACAUGGCAGCUUACCAAAGUGCCUCUCAAACCUCUCACCGUCAACGAACUGAAAGCCCAAGUAACUGAGCUCGCAGCCAAACACGAUGCAAACCCGACCGCCUUUUUCGACGACGCGAACGUACCUCGUAAAUCGAACAUCUUCUCCACCCAGCCCCUUGCCCCCAUUCUGGCAGAUGUCGAUCGUACUGCCUCCGAUUUGUUGGCGAAGGUGGAUCCGUCGGACAUUGAGGAGACCUUCAUGUCACUCCUUGGAUUCUAUGUGGGACAUGCCCAAGAACUUCGCAUAAGGAAGGGUGAAAUUCUGGAGGGUUGCAAGGACUGGGCCGUUGAUGCCAUGGGCUUGCAAGCCCCUCCUCACAUCAGUCCGACGAUGUUGGACCGUCUUGGUCUCAGGGAUCGUGGUGGCUCCAAACCUUCCGGCAGGUUCAACUCCCGCAGCUCAUUCUCAUCCCCUCGCUCGUCGUCUUCCUCAUACUCUCGCCCCUCCUCUUCGCACUCCCGCCCCUCCUGGGAAAGCCGAGGUCAUGUUCGAGGCGGUGAGGGCGGCGACGGCUCGUAUCGUGGCCAACACCCUUCCCGUAGCUUCGAUUCGAACGGCUCCCAGGAUCGUAGAAGCUCCCGCAGCUAUGACUUGGACAACCGUGGAGGCUAUCGCAGUUCUCGAGGAGACCAGAGCUCACGGGGUGGAUGGAAUUCCAGGAAUGAGGGGUAA